AUGGGACCUAGUCGGACCUGUAUCAUCUUCUUAACGAUCCAACUUGUCUCACUGGCAGCCGCCCAAGAGAUGGAGAAACGAGUACCUCAAGGUUUCCUUGGCAUGCGAGGCAAGAAGGACAUGGAGGAUGAACUCACUGAACAGUUUUACAAACGAAAACCUCAAUUUUUUGUAGGCGUUAAAGGAAAAAAGAGUCUGCAUGAGAUCCUAGAAACCGGAGAGGAGUUUUAUAAAAGAGCUCCAAUGGGCUUUAUGGGAAUGCGUGGUAAGAAAGAAGCAGUAUUCCCAGACUUUCAAAGCACCGAAAACAUUCCUAAAAGAGAUGGAUCUUUGAUUGGUCAAAUUGACUAUUCUUCUAGAAAUAGGGAUAAUUACCACCAGGAUACCUUUCCUAUCUUCAACGACAUACUGACACAACUUUUAGAGAAGAUGACUCGCCAGAAUCCGACUACUUACACGCCUGAGAUUGACAACGAUGUGGAACCUGUAUUCGUCACAAAUGAGAUAGCUAAACGCGCCGCAAACAUGCAUCAGUUCUUUGGCAUGCGCGGCAAGAAAUCUUUGUACAAUAAGCGACCUUACGAUCUUUCAUUCCGAGGCAAAUUUAUCGGAGUUAGGGGCAAAAAGGAUUUGAGAAACUCCGGCCUACGUGAGAUUAAGUUUUUACUGGACAACCCGCUGCCAAAAAGGAAGAGUCAGUUGGGGUUUUUUGGAAUGCGGGGCAAGAAGUGGAUGGCCGCCGACGAAUCGAGCCAGGAAAUGGAACCAUCAAACUAA